GUCAAAUUCGGUCAUCUUAGCUAGCUGACUUUAUUAUUUCAUGUGGAUUGCGUUCUGAUGCGUGAGGAACGUGCGCGUGCCAUACUUCUGUGGAGAAACCGAGCCUGUGAGAUGCGGUUUUAAAAUGAGUGCAGACCUGCGGAAGCCUCCUCUUGCUCCUAGGCCUCAUGUCGAGGCUUUGUUCCUUCCUCAGGGACAGCUGACGAAAAUCCUACCCAGAAAGCGUUGCCCUGAGCGGGCAGAGAAACCAGUGAUCUCCACUAAACCCAUUAUGCUUCACUCUCAACCUGCCAGCGCUUCACCUCGCCGUCUCACCAAACACUCCACCCGACAACCAAGUAAACAACCACAGCACCGGGAGCACAACCAGGAGGAAGGCUUGACACGCCGCGAGGACUCGGAAAAGGGGGAGGGGCUAGAAUUGUGGGGGGGCACAGAACCAAGGGAGUAUUCAGACGGCUGGGAUGGUUCGGAGCAAGAGGAGAUGUUUGGGUAUGGGGAGGAGCUUGUGCAGGAGAACGAACUGGAGAAUGAUGGGUACCAGUUUCACCUGUCGGAGGGGUUGGAGUUAUCCGCGCCUCAAGGUGGAGGGACGGAGGAGCAGAUGGGAGAGGAGGACGCGGAAGAGGAGAGAGAAAAAAGACACCCGUGGGGAGUCGCUAAAUGUGUAAACGCGCCUUUGGAUAAAGUUUUCGAGUUUCGAUUUAAAGUCAGGCAGCGGGCCACUGACAACUCAGACGUCCUGGUCAAAGUGUGUCCUAAGGAAAUCUACCACACGGACAGAGUUCUCACAGACGGAGGGUCGGGAGAGAGGGAUUUCAGAGGCGGAAUGCUCAGAGAGAGCGCUUUCGCAAAGGAGCUGUUUGCGGACAGGAAAAACUCAAACGUGGUAUUUACAAAUGUGUUCUGCACGAAUGGAAUUUCCGCGUGUGGAACCGGCUCUGACCCAGUCUGUUCCUGUGGGGAACACGCAGACGAGAUGUACCCAGAUGUGUGUGACGCGGGCGAGGCCCUGGCUGACACGGACGGACUCUCAGAGUGUUACCUUUAUGAGCAGACGGAAAUUUCUAGAACAUCAGAGGAAGAAGAGGAGGAGGAGGAGGAGGGAGGGGAGGAUGUUUAUCAUGGCGACGUGACGAUGUCGUCCGGGGAAGAGGGAUCAGACGCCACAGAUGAGUCUGCUGCUCUUCAGGGAUCUUCAUCCUCUGACGAGGAAGACGCCGGAGGGCUAGAGGAAAGAGAGGAAGAGAAAGAUGAAGAUGAAGAAACAGCGGAGAGUUCUCUCUCGGACGAUACCUCUGCAGCGGGACGCCGUGACUGCAGUGCCGUCUCUGAAGGAACCUCCCAGAAUUCCACGUGCUCAGAGGUUCUAGAAUGUUCCUCUCCAGACAGAGAACCUGGAAUUCGCCGCAGACGCUCCGGUUCGGCUCCCCCUUCCUCUGUAUCUCAGCCAAUGUCUGUGAAUGAGACAGCGUCAGAGACUUCCUCAGAUGACGGUUUGGGAAGAGGCACCAGACCCGACUGGUGGAACACGCCAGGUGACCACGAGACCGAACAAGCCUGUCUGUCUGAGUCAGGGCCCGAUGAACCCGAACCGAACCUAACCUCUGAUCCUUCUUCAACCCCUGAGCAGUCCGUCGUUACCCCAGACAGCCAACAUGGAGACAAGGGUCAGAGAUCACCACGGAUGGGGAUCCCGGAGGCUGGUAGGCCAGAGGUGGUCACAGUGGAACGCUGCGGUGUCCAGCAGACUGGUUUCUCCAUGGCAACGGUCUCGUCAGAAGAGCGAGGGACCGACGAGGAGGUGUCGACGAAAAAAAGCCGAGAAGAUGAAGAUUUCCUGCAGAGGAGGAAAUGCCACAUGAGCCGCUCUGUCUCCAGUGAAAUGUCGGCCAACGUGCAGGGGCUGUACAGUGGGCCAGACUUGCCGUUAUCUAUCGGACGGGCUUCCUCCAGGGCUCGCUGCUUCCUGUUACACCCUCGCUCCUACUCCACAGAGCACUGUUUCCCCAGAGAUGACACGCCCACUCUGAUUGGUCUGUCGAGAUGCCUAUCACACGACAGCUCCCACCCCUCCGCAGAUCUGGAUGAGCCCACCACGGUGGAGAUCCCGCCCCCUUUCGAGCUGUCUUCCAUCACAAAGCGACCAAUCAGAAAGAGCUCCCCAGCCUUGCCAAACGAGCUGAUUGGCUCCUGCAGGAAGGUCGAUUUGGGCUUCAAACGUUACUUUCUGCCGCUGCGCUUCCGGAAAAAGAGCGGUAGGAGAAGCGUGACGGAGGACCGCCUGGUCUCCUCCAGGUCCUCCUCCGAAUCCAGUCCUCAAGGGUCCUAUCAGAGGCUGGAUCUGGACAGGCACAGCACGGACAGCCCCGAGGUUGUGAGGACCCAAAACAGCAAACCACCACAAUGCCACGCUUCCUUUCUCCUCUACAAGUAUGGAAAGAGCGGAGGCGUUUCCGUGGUUACGGACACGCCCCUUGCCGACCGGCCCUUGGUAGAGGUGGGACUGGACAAUCAGAUUUCUUCAUUUAGGCCCCUACUGAUUUCCAAGCCUCGUUCCCUGUCCGUUCCCAAUGCCGAUUGCUCGGAAUACGAGAACGUCCUCGUCAGCAGUCCGCACUAUGAGAACGUGCAGCCGCAGGCCGGGAGUGCCGGCGGUCCGAGCCUACGGAAUGUGAGCUCGGCCAACGACACGGAUGGGUAUGUGGAUAUGUGCAGCAUUCCCGGCUUCCAGAGAAAAAACCAAACAUCUGAGCAAGAAACAGAAAGUGCUUACACUAUCUGCUCUCCAGCCAUCAGACCUGAUGGGACUGUGGGCGUGUCAGUGGGCGUGGUUAACACGAACAAGGAGGAGGGAAGGACACCAAAGACACGGAGGCAGACUCUAGGCUGUUCCAGAGCUUUCUACAGUGCCAAAGAACUGUGUGACAGUGAGAGAGAACAUGUGAAAAUACUUACACUUCUACAGCAGGCUGUUAGUGAGGAUGAGGGGAUGAUGACGCUUUUCCCUGAAUUACCUGAGAUUUACUCUCUACAUCAGGAUGUACACACACAACUAGAGAAACGCAUGGCAGAGUGGGAUCAGAAUGAGAGAAUCUCUGAUAUCAUCCUGGAAAAGAGGGCGGGGUUUGCCACUUUCUCCACCUACAUCAGUCACUACGACAACCGGAUCAGCCAACUGGAGCAAAGACAAGGAGAGGAAUCCUCAUUUAACAGCACGCUGAGGAGUGCUGACACUCUGGGCCAGUGGCUGUUGCAGGUUAUAGUGCGAGUGAUAAAGUAUCAUGUGCUGCUGACAGACUACUUGAAUAAUCUGUCUCCAGACUCCAGUGAAUACCAGAGCACUCAAGUUGUGGUGCAGCUGCUCUCAGAUAUAGUUGAUCAGGCAAAUGACAAACUCAAAGAUGGGGAGAAUCUCCUGCGUCUUGUCCACAUUGAGCACAGUGUUUUGGGGCAGAAGGAUCUGCUGCAUCCUGGAAGGGUGUUUGUGAAAGAGGGCACCUUGAUGAAGGUGAGCAAGAAGUGUAGACAACCUCGUCAUCUCUUUCUGAUGAAUGACGUGAUGUUGUACACUUACCCUCAACAAGACGGCAAGUACAGACUCAUCAACACACUGACACUGACAGGGAUGGAGGUUACUAAACCAGUGGUGGAGAAUGUUCAGAAUGCUCUCAGGAUUGAAGUGAAAGAGCUCACCAUCACUCUGUCCGCAAGCUCUUGUAUUGAGAGAGAUGACUGGUACCUCUCUAUAAACCGGACCCUGGCUGACCACGCCUCAGUACCGGGGGCUCUGAUUGGCUGCAGUGAGGUGUGGGGUGUGGACUCAUUAUGCCUCGGCGAGAAUGCCCCGCCACUUCUGCCAGUUUCCCAGGUGACGGUUUGCAUGAGCUGCUCCGCCCACUUCAGCCUCACGCACAGACGGCAUCACUGCCACGCCUGUGGCAAGGUUGUGUGUAGAAACUGUUGCAAAAACAAAUUUGCUCUGAAAUACAUGAAGAACAGGAAAGCCAAAGUGUGUGACCACUGUUUCAGCCAGCUGUGUAAACAAGAAGGAGAUAUCAUCGAGAUAACUGAGAGCCCCAGUCGGCCCCUCUCUGCCGUAUUCCAGAACAUUCACCCAACCAAUCUCUGGCGGAGUCGCAGAGGCCACGCCUCCUUCUGUCAGGAGAUGAGUUCGGAGGGUGUGAUGAGUGGGACGCUCCAGCGUAGCAAGAACAGAAAGAGGAGCUGGAGACGUCUGUGGUUCCUUCUCAAAGACAAAGUGCUUUAUACCUACCAUCAACCAGAGGAGAAGGUGGCAAGUGAGUGUCUUCCUUUGCUAGGUUUCUCUGUGACGUCUGACAGUGGGACAGACAGCAGCGUGUUUCAGCUCUACCAUAAAACGACUUUAUACUACACAUUCAAAGCUCAGGACACACACACCGCACAAAGGUGGGUGAGUGCAAUGGAGGAAGCCACAGUCUUAUAGCGUUGCCAUGUCUGGAAGGUCGCGUUUGCACAUCACUGAACUCCAGAAAUCCAGCAGAAUCAAAAAAUGUGUAGGUUGUUUUUUCUUUUUCAAAGACUGUUUGCAGAAGCCUGUCUGGAUCCCAGAGACCUGUCUGUAAAAGAUGCUUUAUCAGUCAAAAAUAUAUCCACAUAAUUUAUACACAAAUAUUGGUAUUUAUACGUGCAUGUCUGCAUUUUUUCCCUCUGUGUGCCUCUGGGUGCCCGACUUUCUGUUAUCUUUCUGUUUUUCUGUGGUAAGAUGUAUAUGGUGGCAAACUAAUAUAUGUAACUGAAUCAGUUUAUACA